GAGAGCUUGACGCUGGUCGUUGCUGUCGGAGCCGUCAGCCACGUCACCUCCUCGGAAGCAACUUUCUUCUCAGACCACUGCAGACACAGCUAGCUUUGUAAGUGGACUCGUAUCUUUGGAGUUUAAAUAACGAGCCGGACAGAGUCCACUGUGCAGCUGUUGGCUUCUUUUAGAGCCUUGUAACUCGUCUUUGCACUCUGAGGGCGUGUUUGCUUUUUGUGGCUGAACAGCACUGCCCUGUCUCUUGAGGACGUGUAACAUUAAAGGCCCGUGAGGACUUGUAUUAAAGUUUUGUAUCUAAAGCGGAACAUAGACAACAUGAACAUCUUUCGCCUGGCGGGUGACGUGUCACAUCUGGUGGCUAUCAUCAUCCUGCUGCUGAAGAUAUGGAAGUCCAAAUCCUGUGCUGGCAUCUCUGGGAAGUCCCAGAUGCUGUUUGCAAUGGUCUUCACCACCAGGUACCUUGACUUGUUCACGGUCUUCAUUUCUCCUUACAACACGGUCAUGAAGGUGGUGUUCUUGUCUCUGUCCUAUGCUACUGUGUACCUGAUCUACAUGCGCUUCAGGAAUACGUACGACUCUGAGAAUGACACUUUCCGCGUGGAGUUCCUGUUGGUGCCAGUCAUCGGGCUGUCCUUCCUGGAAAACUAUUCGUUCACCCCACUGGAGAUCAUGUGGACCUUCUCCAUCUUCCUGGAGGCGGUGGCCAUAAUGCCACAGCUCUUCAUGAUCACCAAGACCGGCGAGGCAGAGUCCAUUACCACCCACUACCUGUUCUUCCUUGGCCUCUACCGAGCCCUCUACAUAGCCAACUGGGUGUGGCGUUACCACACCGAGGGCUUCUUCGACCAGAUCGCUGUGGUGUCCGGCGUCGUGCAGACCAUCUUCUACUGCGAUUUCUUCUACCUUUACGUCACCAGGGUGCUUCGAGGACGAGGAAAGAUGACCCUGCCGAUGCCGGUUUAAAACAGACGUCUGUGCCGUUCAGCCGCCCUUCGGUGCCUGCUACAGUUCAGCAUCUGAACACAGUCCUUGCCCUUCAACCUUACGUGUAUUUAGCAAUGGGACUAAUGGUCUGAGAUCAGUCUGUUGACCAAAACGAGUGCACCUCCAGAAAAGUGGUUUUCUAUCCGAUCGGUUUACUUUGUGUGUGUGAGUCUGUAUGUUUUGCGUGUGUAUGUAUAUGUGUGCUUGGGGUUUUUAUUUUUCUUCAUAAGAUGCGAAAUGUGACACUGGAAAUGUGUCCCUGAUGUGCACGCGGAACUUAGAUUCCAGCAAGUGAGUAACACUAUGUAAAUGAUGUAUUUGUCUUUUUAUUUUCCAUUGUAGGUUCUGAGACAGGCUUUGGCUCUGGAGACUGUUAUUGUACGUAGCUUCAGUUUCCACACAGUGCAGAUACAGACUCACUGUUUUCCUGUGUUCCUAUCCAAUCACCUACUUGGGUUUGACAAUAUCAGUCUUGCCUGUUGAUUCACAGUAAUAUUCAGUAAAUUUGUACUUCCACAAAAUGUCUUCCUCUUUGGGUCUGUAAUGUUAGACACUCCUUGAAUAUUUUACUGUAUUAUGUUUAAACAUUUCUAUCCUUAUCGCCAAGUAUGUUAUGUUUUUGUAUUUCCUCUUAAGCGCUUUGUCAUUUAUAUUUCAAUGUAUUCCUUCACGGGAGAGAAAAGGGCUCAACAUUUUUUGCCAGGCCUAAAAUGAAAACAAAGAUGGAACAGAUA